UUUUUAUACUUCGUGCUGUGAGUCCCGUGCCUCGUAAAGUUAGGUCACAAAACUCAAAUUCGUUUAAAUUCCGUUUGCAUCAUCUCACUACUGAACCAAGUAGCUUUUUUUCUGCGAUUUCUAUCGAAAUGUCUCACCAGAGCUUGAAAUCUUCUAGCCACGGGUACUGCGAAGCUAUCUUCUCGACUUCGCCGAGGAGUUCUAACAAGGAAAACACCGUCCCUGCGAUAAAAACAAAGAAAAAUGUGUAUCCUCCUUUGUCCAAAGAGUCAUCAGUUUCAAUAAAGGGACAGAAUACAAACAAGGUAGUGCAAUGUCCUUUACAGAAGGAAUCUUCAAAACCUGAAAUAGCAGAAACCUUAGGGCCUCCAAGCAAAUCAUCCAAUACAGAAUCAUGUCUAAAACUUACAAACCUAACAAAACAGGAAGAUGUAUCUAGUAAUGUCGCAUCCAUUGAAAGGAAUGUAAAGACCCCAAUUAAAACAACAAAAUUUGUUAGCGGAUCAUUCAAUGAAAAAAUACCUGCUAUACAAUUCUAUACACCUAAGCAGAGAAUAAAUACAUCCAGUGCCAAUACCAAAUUCAAUGUUUUAUCCACUGCAAGGACACCUGUGAAACGUUACUUCAGCGAUCAUGCUCUAUCACAAAGCACACCAGACUGUUUUAAUGUGGUACACUUGGAAACUCCAUCCCAGAAAAUUGAUGACAUAGUUGUUGGAGAACAGACAAUAUAUGAUGGUGAAAGUAGCAAUCUUACAGUUGGAAUACGCAUCAGACCCUUGAAUUCCAAAGAAUUAAAUGAUCCAAAGGUUACUACAAUUGUAGAAGGAAAUGGUCAGAAUGUUGUUGUGGAAUGCGAAUCUGCGCAUCACACUUUUAUGUAUGAUCAUUGCUUUGUCUCAUACAAUGAUCCGCUUACACCUGGUCAUGCCAAUCAAGAGGUCGUCUUUCGCAAUAUGGUGUUGCCCUUAGUACAAAAUGCUUUUGAGGGAUACAAUGUCUGCUUGUUCGCGUAUGGACAGACGGGAUCAGGAAAAAGUUAUAGUUUAAUGGGCACAGAAUCUGUGCAAUUAAGCGCAACGCCAUUUGACGAGAGAGUCGGUAUCAUACCAAGAUUUUGCCAGGAAAUAUUUACACGAGCGUGUAACAAUCCACAGAUCGAGACUACCGUAGAAAUUAGCUAUUUUGAAAUAUAUAAUGAAAAAAUACAUGAUCUGUUGGCGAAUACUAAUAAUGGAUCGAAGAAGGCACCCCUUAAAGUAAGGGAACAUCCUGUCUUUGGACCCUACGUCGUGGAUUUGAGUCAGCAUUGUGUGCAAAACUAUAAAGACUUACAGACUUGGCUUAAAGUAGGAAACUCGCAAAGAGCCACGGCCGCAACUGGUAUGAAUGAGAAAAGCUCACGGUCUCACAGCAUUUUCAGUAUUAUAUUAACUCAGACGCAUAUAGAUAACAAGUUGAAUUGUGAGCCACUUGAUGCUGAUCGUCGUAGUAAAAUUAAUUUGGUUGACUUAGCUGGCAGUGAGAGAUUGAGUCAAACUUCUGCAACUGGUGAUAGAUUAAGGGAAGGUGUAUCUAUUAACAAGUCUUUACUUACCUUGGGAAAAGUAAUUGCAUCACUCACAGAGAACACAAACAAUCGUAAACAAGGUUUUGUGCCGUACCGUGAAUCAGUGUUGACAUGGCUAUUAAAGGUAAGUACUAUUAGUAUAUUUUAAAUUAACGGAAAUAUGAAAAUUAC